CCCAGGCUCAGAAGAUCGACAUCCAGAAUGGCAACUGCAGGCACCUCAGGGCUGGGACGCAAGAAGAAGGCUCCUGGUCUCAUGGAUCAGAUUGGCAGGUUCUUUGGAGGUGAUAAGAAGAAAAGAGGGAAGGGUUCAUUCCGUGGUCACCUGUCUUCCUCACCCCCAAGACCUCAGCAUUCCUCAUCCCGACGCCGUGGAGAUGUGAACCCAGUCCUUCAUUUCUUCAGGAGCUUUGUGUCCUCUCCUCGCCCUAAGUCAAGGUGGAGGGAACUCUUGGGCCUGGCUUCACCAUCGCCGCGUGGUUCAGAGAGUAUCAGAUCACCGCACAGACGCCGAAGAGAACAGAACACGCUCUCCAGAAUCUUCAACCUGGGAGAAAGUAGAUCUCGUUCUCCACCCAAACGCUGGAGUACCAUCUUCUGAGCCCUCGACUGACACGGGAACGAGCCAGAUAGAAGAUAAGAGAAUGAGGAGGAUAGAAGAUAAGAGGAUGAGGAUAAGGAUGAGGAGGAAGAAGGAAAAGCAGAGGGUCUCUGCCUUGUGGACUCACACUUUGCUAUGCAUUUAACAGACUAAUACUGGCCACCUCCGCUUAUUAGACAGUGAUACAAUCCUGGUUUUGGAAAUUAUUUACCUACAGAGUGACAGGAAUGAGGUGUGUGUAUGUGAGGUUCAGUGGUUGUGUGACAUUGGCCAUAUUUAUCUAACAUAGAGUUUAGAUAUAUAGACUGUAUUUGAGCACUUAUGAAUAAGUGUCUUGAUAUGAUUUAAUAUGCAGUAUAAAUCAAAAUGAUUGUUCUUUAAAAUAAUGCAUCUUUUUCCACCUAAAUUUGCACCCAUCCCAGUAGACAUGCUCAUACCAAAAAUGAUCAAACUGAUGGAUAUCCUACCAAAAUGGCAACCUCCAUGACAGCACACUAGCCUACUUAAUUUUCAUAACAGUAAUAUAAAUUCAGCAUAAGGCCACCUCCUACUUGAUUUUAAUUUAGCUACACCAAUAAUCAAUAGUCUAUUUUUUAUUAAAGAUUGUUUUCAAUCACGUUGUCUUUUCUCCAUGUGAAAUUUACACUAAGUGCAUUUGUUCUUCUUCGAUACGUUAUUCAAUAUCGUACUUUAAUCCAUAUAUUACUGUGAGAAAUGAUUCCAGGUUGAUUCAUGUCAGUGUAGUGUAUUUUUUCGGAUAUUGUGUGCGUUCUUCGUGGUCGUCAAGUGUCCUGUCAUGUAUAGUUUGUUUCUAUGUUUAAAAUGAUUUGCAUAUAGGGUUUUGGACUGUGUUUUGCCACUUAAGAGUUCUUUAUAACAUUCAGUAUUGUAUAUUAUUAAUGCAUGACAAUAAAAUAUCCGUUUGCAUAACAUUAAUUAAUAGAAGAAAUUGGAACAGAUACUAAAAUCACAAGUCUCCGAACUGGAAAGCAGUAUCUAAGCCAGCAGAGACUUAAGCGAAUGCCCUUCAAUUGCACUGAUGUAGUCAAAUAUUUCUUUUAAUGGCUUAGAAAUACAAUGAGUGGAAAUGGUUCACAUAUUUACUUUUCAUUACUUUUGCAGAAAGGGUAAUUUUUUAAAAUCCAAGAUGGCAGAGCUUUAAAGGUAGUGAAGGUGCAAGAGAGGAAAUGAAAAGUGAAAGAUGGCUCUGAGAAAAGAUACAAACGGAAAGGAAAAGAUUGAACGACUAGAGACGAGAUGAGUGAGAUUGAUUUCAUUCAGCCUAUGUUACGUUACAGAUAGCCUUCUGUUUAUAAUGCGUCCUCAUACUGUGUUUUGUGUCUCUUAGAACUUUCAUGCAUGUACUGUUUAUGAAUGAGUGCUGAACAUAUAAAUAAAUUUCAGUUGUUCUGCCCAUCAGCGCUGUAUACAUCCCAAAUGGUGCUUCAGAUUCAUAAUGCGGAGAAUAUUUACGUAAGAGUGGCCAAGUUUUUAAGUUAUCAUGUGUAAUACUUUUAAUCAGUUGAUAUUUUAAGUAACAUGAAAUAAAAAUUCCUAAAUAUA